AUGGCUAUUAACCCAACAACACUAGGAGUCGGGCCACCAUCAAUAUCUCCUCCUCGGAUUUCCUUGACUAGCGAUGUUCAAAUCUCUACAGAUAACAGCAAGGGGAAGGAAAAGACCAAUCCCCGUAAACCAUGGGCAGACGAACCUUGGCCACUCAUCGAACCUCUAUCUCGGACCCAGCGCAUAACACACCCAGCACACCAUAUAGCCGACGAAAUAUGCCAUACACACAAUGCCAUGCUGCGCGGCCUCAAUGCGCUAUACCUACAAGCGCCAUUCGUUCGCAAUCCCGUCGAUAUAUCCGACUUCCUAUUCCUAGCUCAGGUGUGGAGUGGUUGGGUGCUUGAUUAUCACGAGUUAAAGGAGAGCGUCAUGAUACCGGAUUUCGAAGCGGUACUAGGGUUAGAAAGGGGUGCUUUGGGAGGAAGGGAAGAUGAUUCCAGCGCAAGGAAUAUAGACGAAGCUGUGGUGGAAGGUGGUUUCAAUGAUGAUACGGAUGGUAACAACGCAGAAGAAGCAGGAGAAGACGAAGAGACAGAAACCCAACCUCAGCUUUGGGAGCUCCCAAUACUACUUCAAAACUUCCACUCCUACGCCGUCGAAACACACACUGAACCAUUAACAUACUCACCAUCGACUCUCCGCGCGCUGCUGGCUACACUCGCCUCGGUCCUAGUCCCCCAUCUACACAACCAAAUCGGAACGUUCCUACAAAUGGAAGAACUCUCCUCCAUACCACCCACCACCUCCCCGUUCCCAUCCCUCCCAUCUCUACCACCAUCUCCCGCGCCAUCACAACCCUCAACCAUAAACACAACCUCAACACCCCCCUCUAUAACCCCCUCCGCGCAUUCCAAAUCCACCGGCUCGACAACAGCAAAAACAACAGCACCAGCCAUCCCACCCGCACCCCCUUCCCGUCCCCCUCCACCUCCACCCCCACCCCCCUUCCAAACCACCCCAACAACCCCCAAACACGUCUCAACCCCCUCCCCCCACGCCACCUCGCUAACCCAAAUCCACCUCUCCGCCGAAUCCGCCUUCAACGCGCAAAUAGACAGAUACACGAUCCCGCCCAUGUCGAUCCGACUACGCGACAUCGCCCACGACGGGGGCGGGCGAAAGCUGUCGGUCCCGGCGAUCCACGCCAUCGCCGAUAGGCUGAGCGCGAGACAUGCUGGUGCGUGGAGGUUCCUGCCUUGCGAUGUCUGGGGACGGAGGAUGGGGUUGGGGUUUCUUGGGGAGGGGGAGGGGGAGGAAGGAUAG